UGGAGAGUCAACGGCGGUGCAGACAACAGACCAGCUCAAUGUGGUGGACGGCCGCCGAGCCGAGAAGGUGCCGUUGAUUGCCGGCUGUGUCAUAUGAUUCGACCUGGACCAUCUAUCUUUGUAUUAUCCCGUUAUUAUAACGUGAGACGGGGAAAAGCAGGCAGUUGGAUCCGUGACGUAACCGUUUCCAUAGGCGACUGAUCCGCCGGCUGAGCCAAUGGGGACGUACACAAGGGUCCAUGGCCAUCCUCCUGACAUGCAUCACAUGUCCCCGGCGGUGUUGUGACAGUGCGGUGGGCGGGACUCUGCCUCUGGUCGGGGGAGCGCGUCCAGUCCCUCGCUGAGACUGAGGGGGAACGUAAGAGAGAAGGGGACCUGGGCUGUUUUUCAGGGAACCGAUUUCCCUUUCAGAUCCGGGUGUCUGGGGUUCUCUGGCUCUGUGGAUGAUCCUCAGUCAACAUGAAAGACUAGGAGCUCAGCUCUCCGAGGGGAAAUGGCUUUCUGUGCUCCGUCCCAGUCCGGCGCCCUGGCCUGCUGCCCCAGCUGCCUCUGAGAGGAGCCCCGCUCCGCGGCCCAUGGGAGCCAAGCCUGCACUCGCUCGCUCCAGGAUUUAAAGCAACCCUUUUUUAAUAUAUCGCCGCUCCCCCUACCAGAGAGCCACCUGCCCCCCACCCCCCCCUCCCCGGGACACCGACCCCCCCCCCUCCGGCACCGUUGAGCAGCGAGGCGGGGUGCUGUGCGGCGGACACGAUGGCCAACAACUCGUACAGCGGCGUCAAGAACUCCGUCGUGGAGAACAGCCAUGGCGGGGACUUCGGGUGCUCGCUCAAAGACCUGCGCUCGCUCAUGGAGCUGCGUGGUGCAGAGGGGCUGGGCAAGAUAGGGGAGAGCUACGGGGACGUUCACGGACUCUGCGCCCGCUUGAAAACGUCGCCCGUCGAUGGUCUUAGCGGACAACCUGCAGACAUCGAGAAACGGAAAACUGCGUUUGGGGAGAACCUAAUACCUCCUAAAAAGCCAAAAACCUUCCUUCAGUUAGUAUGGGAAGCAUUACAAGACGUGACGCUCAUCAUUCUGGAGGUGGCGGCCAUAGUUUCAUUGGGCCUCUCUUUCUACCAACCCGAAGAUGCUGAUAGAACUAAUUGUGGGCGGGCCGCCGGGGGCAUGGAGGAGGAGGGCGAGGCGGAGGCGGGCUGGAUCGAGGGCGCCGCCAUCCUGCUGUCGGUCGUGUGCGUGGUGCUGGUGACGGCCUUCAACGACUGGAGCAAAGAGAAGCAGUUCCGGGGGCUGCAGAGCCGCAUCGAGCAGGAGCAGAAGUUCACCGUGGUCCGGGGAGGACAGGUCAUCCAGAUCCCCGUGGCGGAGAUCGUGGUUGGGGACGUCGCACAGGUCAAAUACGGAGACCUGCUGCCUGCCGACGGCGUCCUCAUCCAAGGGAACGACCUCAAGAUUGAUGAGAGUUCCCUCACGGGGGAGUCGGAUCACGUCAAGAAAACACAGACGAAAGAUCCCAUGCUGUUGUCGGGCACCCACGUGAUGGAGGGCUCGGGGAAGAUGCUGGUGACGGCCGUGGGCGUGAACUCCCAGACCGGGAUCAUCUUCACCCUGCUGGGGGCCAACGAAGAAGAGGAGGACGACGAGGAGGAGAAGAAGAAGAAGGAGGAGAAGAAGAAACAGAGGAAAAGUAUGUCGCCCACGCACACACACACACACACACAAGCAGUCACAUACACACACAGUCUCACAGACUCAGUCCCACAAACACACGAGCAGUCACAAAUAAACACAGUCACACGCAGACACGCACACACACACACAAAAGCAGUCGCAUACAAAGAGUCACACACACGGUAA